AUGGAGGCUGAACUAGCAGUGGAGCCGCAAUCUCUGAAGAAGCUGAGCUUCAAAUCCCUAAAGCGCGCCCUCGAUCUCUUCUCGCCUCUUCAUGGCCACUUUCCUCCACCGGAUUCUGAAAGCAAGAAAAUUCGGAUGAGCCAUAAGCUCAAUACUGAGUACAGAGGAGUAAAAGACACUGCUUCUUCCAGUGCUAAGGCAGCUGCACAAGGUAAAGCGCAGCAGGCUUCUGCUCUCUCCAAUGCCCUUGCACUCCCAGGCCCUGAAAGUUCAAUGGAUCCACAGAAGGGAGUCCCCAAUAAGGAUAUAGUGGUUGGUCCUACCAUUCAAUCAAGUAGCUCAACUGACAAUGGAUUUCCAGGCAAAAGCACAGCAGUCGUUCCAGCUCGGGGCUCAUCUGAAAGGAACUUCUCAACAUCAGCCAUCAUGGAGAGAAUCCCAAGCAAGUGGCCUCGUCCUGUAUGGCAUGCUCCCUGGAAGAAUUACAGGGUCAUCAGUGGACAUUUGGGAUGGGUGCGGUCUGUUGCAGUUGAUCCAAGUAAUACUUGGUUUUGUACGGGAUCUGCAGAUCGUACAAUCAAGAUAUGGGAUUUAGCAAGUGGUCGGCUCAAACUCACUCUUACUGGACAUAUUGAGCAAAUUAGAGGCCUGGCUAUUAGCAGCAAGCAUACAUACAUGUUCUCUGCAGGUGACGACAAACAAGUUAAAUGUUGGGACCUGGAGCAGAAUAAGGUUAUUCGGUCUUAUCAUGGUCAUCUGAGUGGUGUUUACUGUUUGGCUGUUCAUCCAACCAUUGACAUUUUGCUCACAGGCGGUCGAGAUUCUGUGUGCAGGGUGUGGGAUAUUCGCAGCAAAAUGCAAAUUCAUGCACUUUCGGGGCAUGAUAACACUGUUUGUUCAGUUUUCACACGACCUACGGAUCCACAAGUAAUAACAGGUUCUCACGACACAACUAUAAAGUUCUGGGACCUUAGAUAUGGUAAAACAAUGGCAACUCUCACACACCAUAAAAAAUCUGUGCGAGCAAUGGCUCCUCAUCCCAAGGAAGAUUGUUUUGCAUCUGCUUCUGCUGAGAAUAUCAAAAAGUUUAGCCUUCCUAGAGGAGAAUUCAUGCACAACAUGCUCUCUCAACAGAAAACAAUCAUUAAUGCAAUGGCAGUCAAUGAAGAGGGUGUAUUGGCCACAGGAGGUGAUAAUGGAAGCAUGUGGUUCUGGGACUGGAGGAGUGGUCACAAUUUCCAACAAGAUCAAACAAUUGUUCAGCCCGGGUCACUCGAUAGUGAAGCUGGUAUCUAUGCUAUGACCUAUGAUGUAACCGGUUCUCGACUUAUUACUUGUGAGGCGGACAAAACUAUCAAGAUGUGGAAAGAGGAUGAAACGGCUACUCCGGAAACUCAUCCCGUUCAUUUCAAACCACCCAAAGACAUGCGCCGAUUCUAA